AGGCUAAAUUUAUCAAGAGAAUUGUUGGGGAUUUGUCCGCGCAAGUAAUAAACCCUUCACGUGAGUUGCACGUUGCUGAACAUCCAAUUGGAUUAGAGUCUUGUAGACAAGAUGUCAUCAGACUUUUAGAUGCCGAGAAGAAUAGAAUGGUAGGCAUAUGGGGGCCUGGUGGAAUAGGAAAGACCACAAUUGCCAAGGAUGUGUUUAAUUCAAUUCGCCAUGAGUUUGAAGAGAGCUGUUUAUUGGCAGAUGUUAGAUCCAAUGGCCUAGACCAACUGCAAAAGACAAUUUUGCUUGAUAUUUUAGGGGACUCAAAGUUGAAGGUGCGCAGUGCUGAUGAAGGAGUCAGUUUGAUAAAGACAAUGAUGCGAAAUAAAAAAGUUCUCUUAAUCCUUGAUGACGUGAGUCAUUCUAGCCAAUUACAGAAAUUAGUUCCAUCCCCUGAUUGUUUCGGGCCGGGCAGUAGAAUUCUCAUUACAACAAGAGAUGAACAUUGGUUAAUUGCUCAUCAAGUUGAUAAAGUAUACAAGGUCAAUUUGUUAGAUUAUCCUCAUGCUUUGGAGUUGUUUAGCUUGCAUGCAUUCAGAAGAAGUGGACCUCCAAGCAAUUAUUUGAAACUUGCACAACGUGCUAUAUGUUAUGCCCAGGGCCUUCCAUUAGCUUUGGUAGUUUUAGGCUCUCAUCUACUUGGUAGAAGCAGAGAUGAGUGGGAAGCUAUUUUAGAUAGUUGUAAAGGAGCUCCUCAGAUGGAGAUACAAGACGUUCUCAGACUAAGUUAUGAUGCUCUCUGGGAGCAGAUUUAAAAGAACUGUUUCUUCAUAUUGCUUGCUUCUUUAAAGGUAAGUCUGUAGCCCAUGUGAAACCAAUACUAGAAGAUUGCUACAACCUCAAAACAGUGAUUGGUUUUCGACGACUCCAAGAAAAAGCCUUGAUAAGAAUUGACAAAAAUACAAUUUGGAUGCAUGACUUGAUAGAAGAAAUGGGUAAAGAUAUAGUAUAUCAAGAGUUACCUGACGAACCCCGGGAACGUAGCAGAGUGUGGAGUGAAGAAGAUGUCGAAGACGUUCUAACAAAUAAUAC